GCUUCCCACCUCCCCGCGGUAAACGCACACUGACGCUCACCAGUGCGGCCGACAUCCGUGCGCAUCCACCACACUUUUCUCCGUGUACUUGGGAAAUAUACAGCGGGGCAAGUGAUCGGACUGGAUAUGUGCUGCGAUUUCAAAAACAUGGAUCCAAUACUGAUUUUUCGCCUGUGUCGUUGAUUCUCCACUUGUGCGUUAACACUUUGAGCUCUUCUCCGGAGCUGUUUGCGCGCCCUAUAUUUUGGGGAGGUGUCGACUGGUGUGUCGAGUCUGCUGAUCCCAAUUUGGAUGUUUAUUGCUGACUAUUUUUUUAAUCCCUCGUCCAAAUGACUGAGCUCGGGUGCAGCCGGAGACGUGGCUCCCCACUCGGGAAGACCUACGGCUAAAGUUUGAAGGGUGCAGGGGUGCUUUAGGCUGUCCGUCUCCCCACCGUGCACUGGAUUUGCAAUUACCCCCAUAAAUUGCAAUAAACAGCGGAUAUCCUAUCUGUCUCCGCACACGCUGGGAUUCAUUCGACUUGGAUUUAUACAGCUUCUGGAUUUCACCCCCAUCUAAAUCAUGAAGACCGUUAUUAUUGAUGGGGGGCGACUCCUGUUCCUGGUGAUGUGGCUGCACCUUGUGCCUCAAACUGUCAGCUGCCCUGCCAAGUGUGUGUGCUACAGUGAGCCCAGGCCCACUGUGGCCUGCCAACAACAAGGACUGUUUUCCAUCCCUACUGAGAUCCCUGUGCGGAGCCAGCGGAUAUUCCUCCAGAGCAACAAACUAACGGUGGUGAGGUCCACCAGCUUCAGCUCUUGCCACAAUCUCACUGUUCUCUGGCUCUACUCCAACAACAUCAGCUACAUUGAGGCUGGAGCCUUUUAUGGCUUGGAAAGACUGGAGGAACUGGACAUUGGAGACAACAGCAACCUCCGCACCAUCAACCCUACAGCUUUCCGGGGCUUAACUAAGCUGCACACCCUCCACCUGCACAGGUGUGGCCUGUCAGAGCUCCCCGUCGGGGUUUUCCGAGGAAUGUUCUCCCUACAGUACCUUUACCUGCAGGACAAUAACAUUCUAACCCUGCAUGACGACACCUUUCUGGACCUUGCCAAUCUCACCUAUCUCUAUCUGCACAAUAACAAGAUCAAGAUAGUAACAGACAACAUGUUUCGAGGCUUAAUCAAUCUGGACCGGCUGCUGCUACACCAGAACCGGGUUAUCUAUGUCCAGCCAAGGGCUUUUAGUGAUCUUGGGAAGCUGAAAUCCUUGUUCUUGUUCUUCAAUAAUCUCACUGUCUUGUCGGGGGAGACCAUGGACGCACUGGUGUCUCUCCAGUAUUUGCGUUUAAACGGGAACCAGUGGAUCUGUGACUGCCGGGCGAGGACCUUGUGGGAGUGGUUCAAACGUUUCAAAGGUUCCAGCUCUGAGUUGGAGUGCCAUGUUCCCGAGUUCCUGGCAGGAAAGGACCUGGCACGACUGAAAAGCGAAGACUUGGAAGGGUGUGUGGAAACGCCUCAAAUCCAGACCAAUCUCUUCAACUCCAAGGGACAGUCUGGGAAAUUCUCUUCCACCGAAAAUCCUCUUGGUGACACCAUUCCCAGGUGUUGCCUUGGAGAUAACGACAAGUCCUCCAUCCUGUCCGGCAAGAGCCGCCAAAUCACUAACAACCCCCUUAAGGAAAAGGAGAACAUGUCUAAGACUAAAUAUAAGGAGCCGGAACGAACGAAAAACGAGACCCAGAAUAAGCAGAAUGAUGGACCACUGGGAACGUUGUCCAACACCCUGGACAAGUCUCUGGAAAACCUAAACCCUGACCUUAUAGACAAUCUGGAAUCAUCUACAGCGUCAAACAAAAAGAAAAAGAAGUGUUCCAAAAAGCCCAAAUCAGACGCCCACUGCAUCAAAGGCCGGGGUUCAAAUUUGCAAGUGCUGCGCUUUCUCUUCAUUCCCAUGAUCUGGAUAUCUCUAGCCAUGUCUUAGGACUCCUGAUCUCACUCUGAAAAAACAGGACUCAAGAUUGUUGAUGCUCAUGACAAUGAUAACAGAAGAUGCAGUGACAUCUACAACAGACAGUGACUGAAAAGCGAGGAGUCGCGUUGACCCAGCGUGGGCGAGGACAAACAAUGAUGAAGAUGUUAGAGUACAUUUAACAAAAUGGAUGCCUUUACAGAACACUACAGAUCUAAUGUAUAUAAUGAAUUGGUGCCCAAAAUUGUUUGUUCUCUAUGUACUUAACUGUACUGUGUCUAAGCUACACUUCGGAGACUUCCUCCCUCUUUCCCUCUCAAAAGCUUUUACUGCUUAGACAGACCACCGGAAGACGAAAAAAAACAAAACAAAACAAAAAAACAAACAGGAAAUCAGAGACAGAGCGCACACUAAGAAUGUUGGGUCCGUUUAAUGAGGAUAAACGAUCUCCCCCCCAUUAUUUAUUCAAAGUGAUGCAUUUGUUGGGUAAUGUUAUGUUUUUUUUAUGUUUCUAAAAACAAAUGUUUUACCUCCCCCGAUUUUAGUUCUAUUUUCAUGAAAGAAAGGGUUUAUGGGUAGCAUUUACCAAAAGAAUGCUGUCGAUUUGUUUAUGGAGAUUGCAAUGGAACCAUAGAUAUGCAUUUUAUUUUACUUGUGUACAAGUAUGAAUAUAUUAUGAAUAAAAGUUCUUAUUUCGUA